GUCACAAUGUGCUAAUGUAACCAAACCCUACUUUACCUUUGGUCUCUUUUAUCUAUAAAAGGGCUACCGUAGUAACUGCAAAGUGAUGGUUACCAGGCCUUUAUUUUUCACACUGCUCAACCCUCUCUCUUUCACACUCCAUAGAACUUCACAAGCUUCAGCCAUGGAGGCAAUGCUGAGAUCUCUGCUUACUUUUACACUCUUCACUCUUCUGUUCUCCCACAUUUCAGUCGAGGUAUCAGCGACGACAAUAACACUGUACAACAAGUGCGCUCACCCAGUGUGGCCAGGGAUCCAACCAAGCGCUGGCAAACCUGUUCUAGCCCGUGGUGGCUUCAAGCUUCCACCCAACAAGGCCUACUCCAUGCGUCUCCCUCCUCUCUGGUCAGGCCGCUUCUGGGGUCGCCACGGUUGCUCCUUCGAUGCCUCUGGACGCGGCCGCUGCGCCACUGGGGACUGCGGUGGCUCCCUCUUCUGCAAUGGCAUCGGCGGUGCCCCUCCAGCGACCCUGGCGGAAAUCACCCUCGGUCAAGAACAAGAUUUCUACGACGUCAGUUUGGUGGACGGCUACAACAUAGCCAUGUCGAUAACUCCUUUCAAAGGCUCCGGCAAAUGCAGCUAUGCAGGGUGCGUUAGUGACUUGAACUUGAUGUGCCCUGUCGGGUUGCAAGUGAGAUCCAGGGAUAACAAGAGAGUACUGGCUUGCAAGAGCGCUUGCUUUGCUUUCAACUCGCCAAGGUAUUGCUGCACCGGGAGCUUUGGGAGUCCUCAGUCUUGCAAGCCAACUGCUUAUUCAAAGAUUUUCAAGGUCGCUUGUCCAAAAGCUUAUUCUUAUGCUUACGAUGAUCCCACCAGCAUUGCCACUUGCACUCGCGGCAGCUAUUUGGUCACUUUCUGCCCCCACCACCGCUAGAUUAGUCUUUAGGCUAAUCGGUCCCAUAUUCCCCAAAAUCCAUUGUUAUUUUUAUAUUAUACUUUAUAAUUAGCAUCCAAUUUGGUUGUUAUAUCUACUUCUGUCCUCUCUAAUUAUCCCUACAUAUAUAUACUUAAUAUUACUUGGUCUGUAGUGGACUUCUAUUAACGGAAACAUCAAUUUUAUA